UUUCAGGAACUAGCUUGCAGGACAGAGCAUGAAGCUAAGCUCACGCUGUGAAAGUUAUCUUUUGAUGUUUAAAGUUGACAAUUGGUUUAAAACCGACUUAUGUGGACUAAAGAGUCUCUUGUAACGGCAAGCAGUCAACAAGUGUUCCCUGCAGAUGUUCUGCAGAUAGUGCUGAUUAAAGAAGAAGCUCAAGAAGAAUGGAGCCCUCAUCUAGACCAGCAGGAGCCAGAAGCCCUCAACAUAAAGGAGGAAGAGGAGGAACUGUGGACCAGUCCAGAGGGAGAGCAGCUCACUGUGAAGGAGGAGGAUGAUGCCACCAGCUUUUCAUUCACAAUAGUUCAUUUUAAGAGUGAGGAUGAUGAAGAGGAAGCUUCAUUCUCACAGCUUUAUCAGCACCAAGUGGAAGACGGAGAUUAUCCAAGCUGCAGUUCAACUUACCAGAUGACAGCAGCAACUGAUGGAGAGGACUAUGUUGGAGCAGAAAUUACUUGGAACCCAGACCAAAACACUUCUGAAAGUGAUUCCAUGUCUUCAGAGACUGAUGUCAGUGAGGAUGAUGAAGACAAGUCUGAUGAAGAGGAUGAGUCAGACUCUGAUCUGAAAUCAUCGUCAGACUCUGAGUCCACAUCUGAACACAGUGACGACGACGGGAACGGGGCACCUGUAAACACCUUCGACAAAUCACUUCGCUGCUCUGAGUGUGGUGAACACUUCCUUAACAAGUUGUCCCUUCAGGGACACACGUGUGCUUCGUUGGUGACGUCUUCAAGCUGUUUGGUUAAAAACAAACGUGUUACUGUGAAGAAAAAUUCAGUUACGUCUGAUGAUUGUGGCAGAAGACUUGCAUGUAAAGGAGAGCUAAACACACACAAGAGAAUCCAUACAGGAGACAAACAAUUUUCUUGUUUGUUUUGUGGUCAAAGGUUUUGUAAUAGGCCAGCUUUGAGUACACACAUGAGAAUCCACACAGACAAAAACUCAUUUAUUUGUUUGGUUUGUGGACUCAAGUUUAGACAUAGGCCAAGUUUGAGUAGACAUAUGAGAGUUCACACAAAUAAGAAACCAUUUCCUUGUUCGGUGUGUGGACAAAAGUUUGGACAUGAGGCAAAUUUGAGAUGUCAUAUGAAAAUCCACACAGAAAAUAAGUCAUUUUGUAGACAAAAAGUUAUCCAAAAGACAGAUUAUUACGAAUACAUUCAAGUUCACUCAGAUCUGAAAAUAUUUUCUUGUUCAGCUUGUGGACAAAGACUUAGACACAGGUCAAGUUUGAGCAGACACAUGAAAAUGCACAAGGGGGAGAAAAUGUAUCCCUGUGAUAAAUGUGGAGAAAUGUUUAGCCUAAUAACCAAUUUAAACGCGCACAUGCAAAUUCACACAGAGGAGAAAGAUUUCCCCUGUUGUUUUUGUUGCCAAAUAUUUAGCCAAAAGCUACUUUUAAACAAGCACAUAAAAACCCACACAGAGUUUAGCCCAUUUCCUUGUUCAGUUUGCGGGAAAAGGUUUAGACACAGGUCCAGUUUGAGCAGACACAUGAAAAUGCACCAAGAACAGAAACCGUUCCUUUGUAAAACUUGUGGAAUAGUGUUUGACCAAAAAACAAAAUUAAACGCACACAUGCAGCUCCAUGCAGGGGAGUAACUGUUUCUUUGUGUGGUUUAUGGAGAAACAUUUAGACAAAGAUAAGUUUACAUGAACACAUGAGAAUUCACACAGGAAAUGAGCAAUUUGCAACAACUUGUAAAACAUGAACUCUGCACGCCAACACUAAAAACUUGUAUAAUAACCUGAAAUGUCAUCAUAAACUGGAGUAAAAGGGAAGCUGGAAAAUGUGGACCAAGGUCACGACAUUGGUGUCUCCAGUCAGUCUGUCCCUAAAGAUCUGAAAGAAAUAGUUUGAAUUUGUUCUCUUUCAAAACAAGUCUUUCCAUGUGUUUGCUUUUUCAAAAAAAUUCAAUGUUCCCACAGAGCAGGUGGUAUACAGUAUAACAAAGUAUCUCUGUAUUUCUCAAACAUUUGAUAGAUUUUUUCCCUCACUGUUCAAUAAAAGUUUAAAUAUC